UCUUCCACGAUGGUUUCCCCAAUUUCACUAGUUUCUCUUGUAUUUGUUGUUGCUAUUGCAUCGGUAGAUUGCAACAUUGAAGUGGAUGCUCUUUAUGCCUGGAAAACCAACUUGGUAGACCCUAACGGUGUCCUUGACAACUGGGAUCCAACUUUUGUGAAUCCUUGCGAUUGGUAUCACGUUACUUGCGACGUUGAUGAUGAUAGCGUCACAAGGGUGGACCUCGGCAAUGCUGGACUUUCGGGAAUUCUUGUCCCUCAGCUUGGAGCCUUGUCUAAUCUUCAACAUUUUGGGGUAUAUGGAAAUAGCAUAAGGGGAGUCAUACCAACGAGUAUUGGUAACCUAACCUCCCUGAUUAGCUUGAACCUGUACCAGAAUCAACUUUCUGGGACCAUCCCAUCAUCUCUUGGAAACUUGGUUUCCUUAAGGUUUUUGAGAUUGAACAGUAACAAGCUUACUGGAGUAGUACCAGCAGAGGUCCUUCAACUUGUUAAAUCGGGGAAUUUGAUUGUUUAG